AGAGAGAGAGAGAGAGAGAGAGAGAGAGAAAGAAAGAAAGAAAGAGAGAGAGAGAAAAAGCGAACGAAGGAUACAUCGUGCUUCGUCCAUUAUAUCGUCCUAUCGAUCCCUCGGCAUCCUUCGUUCCAGUCGUGCGAGUUUCAACGAGCGAAGCCCCGGACCUAUCGUCCCACAACGGGCCAUUUUUGUCGGUUUCCCUCUUGUAUCUUUCUCUCUUUCUGUCUCUCUUAUACUCUCUCAUUCUCUCUUUCUUUCUCUUUCACUCUAUCUAUCUAUCUCUCUAGAGAGAGAGAGAGAGAGAGAGAGAGAACAUCACACAAGAUCGCUAGAGAUCAGUGCAGCGUCGAUGUCUGUGUUAGUAGUAACGGCGUAUUUGCGCGUAGUGUCCGACGAGGGCGCAGUCGUCGGGUUUCGCGGCGCCACCGGUUCAUUCCGCCAUCGGCGCCCGCGACGUACGGACGUGCGUGUCGAGACAGAAAGAAAGAAAGAGAGAGAGAGAGAGAGAGACAGACAGAGAGAGACAGAGUGAGAGAGAUAGAU